CUUUCCACACACACAAUCCAUCAUCAUUCAUUCUGCACAACACAACAUACAUCAAAUCUCAUCAAUCGCAUCAUGCUUUUCAAGCCGCUCGCCUUCGCGGCCACUGCUGCUGCAAUUCUCAUCGUCCCCGAAACUUCCGACAAGGACGAUGGCAUCUUCCGCGCUCUACCCAUCGACGCCGGCACCUUUGAGCUCCCCGCCACCGCAUAUGAACAAGCCAUCGAUGUCCCUUGCCUUCAGUGCCGUGGAAAAGAUACUCAUUUAGAACUCGACUUUGGUAUUAAGGACCGUCGCCUGGUCCUUAACGGCUUCGAACUUUACCCACGUGCCGACCCAUGGAAUGGCGAUCUGUCAGCUGCUGUUAUCAAGGGCAAUGGCAAGAGUGAUAUGCGUCGACUGGGAUAUGGUCUAGCCAUUCGCCCUGAAGGAAUCGACGAGGAUCAGCAUAUGGAAAUUGUCAACGUCGAAGUGCGAAUUAUUGAAGUUGGCGAUCGAUUCGUCGACGGCGUUCCUCCUGUUACAGUCAAGCUUAUCAAGUCUCUGAGCGGAGAGAUUCUCAUCGGAAAUAUCGAAGUUAAGGGAACUGGUGAGAAGGCCCCAGAGGAUUGCGACAUGUGGUGUCGAACCAAGGACGUGGUCCACGACACAUGGAAGGGCGUCAAGGAUAAGUUUAAGGGCUGCCACGGAAAGAAGCCUCAUCAUGGCCACGAACACGGCCACAAGCCAUACCACGGUUCUGGCAAGGCUGAGAACAAGCCUACCGACAACUUUAAGCAUGGUCCACUCAUGCACAAGAAGCCUGAGCAGUCCAUGGUUGAGGUUCUCAAGCACGUUGCCGCAUACAUCGUCAUCCCCGUUCUCAUGGGUGUUGCUGCUGGUGUUGGAGUUGCAUUUUUCGUUAUGUGCCUUUUUAGUAUGGUCCACCGUCUGAUUUGUCUCUUCAGAGGUGAAUCUAGGGAAUCUGAUAAGCACCGAGGUGCUUAUCAUCAAGUCCCUUUCGUCGAGCUUCCUGUUGAGGACGAGAAGUCUAUUCUCAGUGAGACUCUUCCUCAGUAUGAGCCACGCAACUAGAUUAAACUUUCACGACAAUGUGCCCGUACGCAACUCGGUCUGUAUAGAAAAAGGGAACGGCGAAACACUACCAACACAGAACUUCUACUGAAGGCGUGUUAUCGAUUCCAAGAUUGAUUUUACUUGUGAUUUGGGUUUGGAAUAGGCGUUAUAGCGUUGGAUGCACCAUGAACGGAAUCAUGUUUUUACGAAUUGGAUGGAAACGCCUCAUAGUAGUCGUAGCAUCACAGGUAACGAGUUUUGAACGUUACUGUCCUCUCUUUCAAGGUCUGAGUCGUGUCUAUCGGGUUCCAUUCUAGCUACCCAGACAUUAUUUAGAAUGAAUAAAAUGAUAUCUUUGAAACAUCCCCAAUCUAAAAUGGCCAACAGCGGUUUCAUUCUAAUCAACGUUGAUUGAUAAUGCUCCAGCAUUAUUGAAGGAGGGAAAUCGUCGUCGAAUUGCUACUCACUACAUCAACCUUGCGGGCAUAUACACUGU